AAAAUAAAAAAUACAAAAACAACACGUCUCUCUUUAAUUUUUUUUUCCAGUAUCUGCACACAUAUUUGUUUUCUCUCUCCCUCCAAAUUCGCGUGGAUCUCUACAGAAUUUAUUUCCCAAGCGCAUUCAUUUUUCUUUUAUCCAGAUCGCCGCACGAUUCCAUUUUCUCAAUCAGCAUCGGUGAUUGAUCCUAAUCUCCCAACAGUUGAAGAAAGAUCUAGGGUUCCUCCUGCUGAAUCCACAGCUGUCUCAAGCGCAUUUCUUCCAUUCCGAUAUAGAAUCUAAUUCACGCACGCGGUUUCGAUUCAAAUUCAGCUCGCUCCAGCAGGUUUCGUUACGUGAAUGAGAAGAGAUACGGUUACGGCUUAAAAUGAGCAUGGAGGUCAUUAGCGAUACGGCGUCGUUGGAGGUCGAUUUGUUGCAGCUCCCUGAGGUGUCCUCUCUCGCACUCAAAUCUAACCUAACUUUCGUCGAGACGCUCUUCGAGCAGUGGCUUUCGCUUCCCGAAAGCAACCGAUUGGUGACAUCAUUGGUAAAUGAAGCAAAGUCGGGUGCUCCCUUGAAUGUCCCCGGGAAUUGCUCUAGUCCAAAUGCUGCAAGCAAUUCUUUGCCUUCCAUGUUUCCUGCUGGCACUGCACCACCUCUUUCUCCAAGAAGUACAUCUGGUUCCCCUCGCAUAGUGAAACAGAGAGUUGGCCCAUCUAACUUGGGUUCUCCUUUGAAGGUUGUCAGUGAGCCGGUUAAAGAAGUGAUACCUCAGUUCUACUUUCAAUUUGGGCGUCCUCCUCCAAAUGAUCUGAAAGAAAAAUGCCUGAUUAGAAUUGACCAUUUAUUCCAUGAUCACAUGGAUGGGCUGCAGAUACAUGAAUUCAAGUCAGUUACUAAGGAAGUAUGCAAGCUGCCAUCUUUUUUUUCCACAUCUCUUUUCAGAAAGAUCGAUAAUGGAACUGGAGUUGUGACAAGGAAAACAUUUAUUGAUUAUUGGAUCAAUGGCAACAUGUUGACAAAAGAUAUAGCAACUCAGAUAUACACAAUUUUAAAGCAACCACAGCUCAAGUACCUUACUCAGGAUGAUUUUAAACCUGUGCUAUGUGAGCUUUUGGCAACUCAUCCAGGGCUGGAGUUCCUGCAGAGCACACCUGAGUUUCAAGAGAGAUAUGCUGAAACUGUCAUAUACAGAAUAUAUUACUACAUUAAUAGAUCAGGAAAUGGCCGUCUUACCCUGAGGGAGCUUAAGCGUGGAAACAUAAUUGAUGCAAUGCUGCAUGCUGAUGAAGAAGAGGACAUAAACAAGGUUUUGAGGUACUUCUCUUACGAGCAUUUUUAUGUUAUAUACUGCAAGUUUUGGGAGCUGGAUACAGAUCAUGAUUUCUUGAUAGACAAAGAGAAUCUCAUCAGAUAUGGUAACCAUGCGCUUACCUAUCGAAUUGUUGAUAGAAUAUUUUCUCAGGUUCCUAGAAGGUUUACCAGUAAGGUUGAGGGAAAGAUGGGUUAUGAAGAUUUUGUUUACUUCAUACUGUCAGAAGAGGAUAAAUCAUCCGAGCCAAGUCUUGAGUAUUGGUUCAAGUGCAUUGAUUUGGAUGGAAAUGGAGUUCUGACACGGAAUGAACUGCAAUUUUUUUAUGAGGAGCAAUUGCAUCGAAUGGAGUGCAUGGCCCAAGAACCUGUGCUUUUUGAGGAUAUACUGUGCCAGAUUAUUGACAUGAUUGGACCUGAGGAAGAGAGCUAUAUAACUCUGCGUGACCUGAAAGGUGGUAAACUCUCAGGAAGUGUUUUCAAUAUCCUGUUCAAUCUGAAUAAGUUCAUGGCCUUUGAAACUCGUGACCCAUUUUUGAUUCGUCAGGAACGUGAGAAUCCUACAUUGACAGAGUGGGAUCGCUUUGCUCAUAGAGAAUAUAUUAGGCUUUCUAUGGAAGAAGAUGUAGAGGAUGCCUCUAACGGUAGUGCAGAAGUUUGGGAUGAAUCACUAGAGGCUCCCUUCUGACGUCAUUUAUUGUAUGAAAAGAUAUUAACGCCCCAGAUCGGAUGGACUGGCCAUUGUUCAGAGACACAUGACUCAGGUUCAGCUUGGAACGCCAACUUUGCCCCAUAAAGGGGGAAAUUCCAAGCUUAGAUAUGGAAUGCGUUUUGGAUGGGGGGCAAGCAGCAACAGCGACAUUCAGACAUGCAUGUACUGACAUAUAUUGGGACCGUUAUCAUGGAAGUUUUGUCGCUGGACCAAUGUCCAUGUAAAGUGAGGACCUUUGCUAAGAGGUGAUUAGCCAAGUUGAAUUAAAUUGACAUCAUUUUGAGACGCUUACCUUAAGUAGCGAGAUUUUCUGAUGGAUUUUUUUUAGUAAUUUGAUUUUUUACUGAUCGAGUCACUUUUGCCUCGAAUCUGUCCAAUAGUACAUUCGUGAUUUGUUUCGUCAAUCUAUGGCUCGGGCUGUUAUUUCCUUUUUCUUUUUAGGCUAAUUGAAGAAUUUAAUGAAAGUGUAAUGCUACACAUAUAAAAGAUUCAUUAUCUUUUCUGCGUUAUUA